UGGUUUUCUCGACAGCGUGGGUGCUAUCAGGCACAUGGGUCGAAUUUGAUUGGUUCUCUCGACGAUUAUACGGAAUUUCGAUAGAUCUCAGAAGAGUGUGGUCAUUCUACAAAAUUGCCAUGCUCGCAGACAGCUCCCCAUUGCCGUCGUCGACGUCGCCACUGCGGCGGCGCAUACAUGACACGAACAACCCGUCCUUCCGCAAGUCGAUGGACGAGAGUCGUCGCCGCGAAGUCAACUUGGACACGCUAAAGAAGCUCGCGCAAGAUGCCACGACCACGUUUUCAGACGACGAGAGCGACGGGGUCACCAGCGACGACGACGAUGACAUUGACGUGUUGGACACGGUUCUGGUACCCACGAGUAGCAACGGAGAGAUUCCGCGUCAUUGGACAGCAUCCGCGCCCCCGACGCUGCUUCCGAUCAAGACUCCCGUUCCUGUUCUUGUCACGACAGUCAAACCCAGCACAGUCGACGUCGACGCUAGUUGGACUCUUGUGGACAAAAGCCCUACCUUUGAGAACGUGCGGCUGGGAAAGACUAGUUUGGGGGGCGAGAACUGGAGUCUAUGACGCACCGCCGUGAUUAUUUAGGACAUCCAAUCGUCGUCGAAUUGAAUACCGCUAAAAAUAGCCAAGACAUCCCA